AGCGAGCGAGCGAGGAGGGGAGAGGGAGCCUGUCUGCAAAGUGCUGCUCCCUGGUGCUCAGAGGCGGCUGCUCCAGCUCCAACUCUCAUUCAUUUCGCCGGUUAACAUGAGAGAUCAUGGCCGCCUUCGGGCUUCUCAGCUAUGAGCAGAGACCGCUGAAGCGCCCCCGGCUCGGGCCGCCCGACGUCUACCCGCAGGACCCCAAGCAGAAGGAGGACGAGCUCACCGCUGUGAAUGUGAAGCAAGGCUUCAACAACCAGCCCGCCUUCACCGGAGAUGAGCAUGGAUCAGCCAGAAACAUCGUCAUUAACCCGUCCAAGAUCGGCGCUUACUUCAGCAGCAUAUUAGCUGAGAAACUAAAACUGAACACUUUCCAGGACACAGGAAAGAAGAAACCCCAAGUUAAUGCAAAGGACAAUUAUUGGUUGGUCACUGCACGAUCUCAGAGUGCCAUCCACAGUUGGUUCUCUGACUUAGCAGGAAAUAAACCACUUGCUGUUUUGGCGAAAAAGGAGCUGCCUCUGGCCAAGCCAGGUGUCCCUCAGGUUCCCAUUCUCAGUAAAAAAGAGGAUGUCUUUGCAUAUUUAGCUAAAUAUUCAGUGCCAAUGGUUCGAGCAGCGUGGCUGAUCAAGAUGACCUGUGCCUAUUAUUCUGCAAUUUCUGAAGCUAAAAUUAAGAAACGCCAGGCUACAGAUCCCAACUUGGAGUGGACACAAAUAUCUACCAGGUAUCUUCGAGAGCAAUUGGCCAAGAUUUCUGACUUUUACCACCUGGCCUCCAGUGGUGGCGAUGGCCCCGUGCCCGUGGAGGUGGAGCAGGCCAUGCAGCAGUGGGAGUACAACGAGAAGCUGGCGUUUCACAUGUUCCAGGAAGGAAUGCUAGAAAAGCAUGAGUAUUUGACAUGGAUCCUGGAUGUCUUAGAAAAGAUCCGACCAAUGGAUGAUGAUCUUCUUAAACUACUGUUACCGCUGAUGCUGCAGUAUUCAGAUGAGUUUGUCCAGUCAGCCUACCUGUCUCGACGUCUUGCCUACUUUUGUGCCCGCCGUCUUUCCUUGCUACUGAGCGACAGCCCUGGCCUCCUUGCUGCCCACUCACCCCACAUGAUGAUAGGACCAAACAACGCGAGCAUUGGCGCCCCCAGUCCUGGCCCCCCAGGGCCUGGUAUGAGUCCUGUGCAGCUGGCCUUCUCAGACUUCCUUUCCUGUGCACAGCAUGGUCCCCUGGUUUAUGGACUUAGCUGCAUGCUGCAGACUGUCACUCUCUGUUGCCCAAGUGCCUUGGUGUGGAAUUACUCCACAAAUGAAAGUAAGAACACCAACCCAGGCUCACCCCUGGACCUGCUGCAGGUGGCCCCGUCCAGCCUCCCCAUGCCGGGUGGGAACACGGCAUUCAACCAGCAGGUUCGGGCAAGGAUUUAUGAGGUAGAACAGCAGAUAAAGCAAAGAGGCCGUGCUGUGGAAGUUCGGUGGUCUUUUGACAAGUGCCAAGAGUCAACAGCAGGAGUGACUAUUAGUCGGGUUUUGCACACUUUGGAAGUCCUGGAUCGUCACUGUUUUGACCGAACUGAUUCCAGCAAUUCAGUGGAGACACUUUAUCAUAAGAUUUUCUGGGCAAACCAAAACAAAGAUAACCAAGAGGUUGCCCCCAAUGAUGAAGCUGUGGUGACCCUGUUGUGUGAGUGGGCCGUGAGCUGCAAGCGGUCAGGCAAGCACAGGGCCAUGGCUGUGGCCAAGCUCUUGGAGAAGAGGCAAGCGGAGAUUGAGGCAGAGAGAUGUGGUGAAGCAGAAGUCCUGGAUGAGAAGGAGUCCAUUUCCUCAGCCUCCCUUGCUGGCUCCAGUUUGCCCAUUUUCCAGAAUGUUCUUCUACGGUUUUUAGACACACAGGCUCCUGCAUUGUCGGACCCCAACAGUGAAUGUGAGAAGGUGGAGUUCGUGAACCUGGUGCUGCUCUUCUGUGAGUUCAUCCGUCAUGAUGUCUUCUCCCAUGAUGCCUACAUGUGUACCCUAAUCUCCCGAGGAGAUUUGUCAGUCAUUGCUGCCACGGGGCCUCGGUCACCCACAGGGGAGAAUGUGGACAAGCACUAUUUAAAGGACCACGACGUGACAAUGGAGAGUUUUUCUCCCAUGCCUGGAGAGUCCUGUGAGAAUGCCAACCCUUCCUUGGGCAGAAGGAUGUCGGUGAAUGGUGAGAAGCUGAUGAAGAGAGAAAAACCAAGGGAACUGAUUUAUCCAUCCAAUUAUGACCUCCUCCGUCACGUGCAGUAUGCAACACACUUUCCUGUACCUCUGGUAAGUUGUUUCCGUCACAUCGCACUAGUUUGGUUUAUUACAAACAAGGUCAUUAACUGCCAAAUGUCUGGUUAUCCACCUGCUGUCCUCACUUGCAGAGAAUGA